UAUUCAGAAAGAAAAAGAGAAGGAAAGUAAAUAAAAAUAAAAAAGCUCAAUCAAUGCAGACUCCCGACGGAAACCUACACCCAAAACCAAGCCCCUUUCUGUUUUUCAAUCCCUAAUCUCUCUUCUCUCUCUGUUCUUCUUCCCUUUCCUCCACAAUCUGCAUCUACAGAGACCUCAAAAUGCACGCGAAAUCCGACUCGGAGGUGACGAGCAUCGAUGCGUCUACUCCGCCGAGGUCGCCUCGCCGGCCGCUCUACUACGUUCAAAGCCCCUCUCAGCACGAUUUAGAGAAAAUGUCGUAUGGGUCGAGUCCACUGGGGUCUCCACAACACCAUUAUCAUUGUUCUCCGAUUCAUCACUCCCGCGAAUCGUCUACCAGUCGAUUUUCCGCUUCGCUCAAACAACCUAGGAACCCAGCUGCAUGGAAGAAGAUAAAUCAACAUCUCGACGACGACGAUGACGACGAGAACGAUGAUGGUAUCGGCGACAGGGGCUCUGGCAACCUCGCGAGGUUCUAUGUGGUGUGCUUUGUUUUCUCGUUUGCAGUUCUGUUUACGGUGUUCUCGUUGAUCCUCUGGGGCGCCAGCAAGCCUUACAAACCCAAAAUCUCCAUUAAGAAUAUUGCGUUCGAGCGCUUCAACAUACAAGCUGGAAUGGACGACUCGGGAGUCCCGACAGACAUGCUGUCGCUUAAUUCGACGGUCAAGAUAUGGUUCCGAAAUCCGGCUACCUUCUUCGGCGUUCAUGUCUCCUCCACGCCUCUCGACCUCUACUACUACCAGCUCAAAAUCGCUUCUGGCCACAUGAACAAAUUCUACCAGUCGAGGAAGAGCCAGAGGACGAUAGUAGUGACGGUGGGCGGAAAGCAGGUACCGCUUUAUGGGGGGGUGUCGGCACUAAGUGGUGGAAUGGAAAACUACGAGCGGGUGACGGUGCCGUUGAACCUGACGUUCAUGAUGAGGUCAAGGGCAUACGUUCUGGGAAGAUUGGUGAAACCCAAGUUCUAUAGAACCAUUCGCUGUUCCGUCAUCUUGAAAGGCAACAAACUCGGCAAACCCCAAAAUUUGGAUAAUUCUUGUGUCUAUCACUAACCCUUGUUUAUUUGGAAUGAAAUGGAUCCUUUCAUUUAUUAACCCA